GCGGUCAUAUACAUUUUAAAAGUUUCCUUUCCAUUUACGCACCACUAUGCCUAGUCUUAUCUCUGGUUCCCGCCCACACAUCUACACGCUCCACCCAUGUACAGACUGUCUUCCUUCCUGUAACUAUCUCGGAAAGCUCGACGUGAACUUCUUCCUGUAAGCAUUUGAAUUGAAAAUCGGGCGAAAGAGAGACUCCUUCGUGAUUGGUUGAAUUGUAGCCGACUCUGCCUGUUUCUCCACCCCCAUGGUCAGACUCCUGGAAGCACUCUCUGACGGCGAGUUGCCAACAUGGAGGACGGUAUAACCCCCAUUUACAGACUCCUGGAAGAACUCUCUGACAGCGAGUUGAAUCGGUUCAAACGGUAUUUAGGCACUGAACUGUGGGAGUCAUAUAACUCCAUUCCAUGGGGCCUGCUGAAAAAGGCGGAUGUGACGGAUACUGUGGAGCUGAUGAAGCAGUACAAUGGCACUGACAACUUGCGAUACAUCACACUACUCAUUCUAGACAGGCUCCCUCGCAAGGACCUGUCUGACCGUCUUCAGAAGCCUAAGAGCGCUGCAGGGACAUUAUUGGCUGAGGAUUCUCUCAGGACAAGCAGCCUUGAAGCUGGCCCAGCCAUCAAAUCUGCCCCCCAGAAGUGGGUCCGCCACAGCAGGAGGUGGCAGCCUGACCUACAAAAGCUCAUGGAGUCAGACACUGUGAAGAAGGUGGGGACUCUAUUUUUCCAUGAGGAAUUGGUCAUCGCUCGUGGCAGUCAGGGGACGAACAUCUUUGUGGGACUGCGGGAGGAUGGCACUGAGGUGGCGAUUAAGAGAGUGGUCAGGUCCAACUUUGAGUGUAUGCAGAAGGAGCUCCAGAUACUCCAGGAUCCCAGGCUGGACAGUCUGUACAUCGUGCGCUACGUGGACUCGACAGAGGACGAACACUUCGGCUACAUCGCCCUGCAGCUGUGCGAGUACAGCCUGGAUGAAUACCUAAGCGAUAGGGUACCUGAGAGGAGUGAGUUGAUGCUCAAACGGAUGGCUCAAGAGGUGCUCAUGGGCCUGCAGGUCCUUCAUGGAGCUCAAGUGAUCCAUCGGGAUAUCAAGCCACAAAAUAUUUUAAUUGAUGUGAGUGGACAGGCACGGCUAGCUGACUUUGGCCUGAGUCGAAGACUGGAUAGGGACCGGACCACCGUGAGCACGGACCGAGCAGGGACGCAGUGCUGGGAAGCAGCAGAGAUAUUAGAAGCACCUUCUGAGAUGACAAAUCAACGUGUGAAGUACAAGACGAACACUGACAUUCAGGUGGCAGGGAUGUUGUUGUACUACAUCCUCACCAUGGGACGUCACCACCCAUUUGGGAAAAACCCCCACGAUCCUCGGUGUCAGGGCAACAUUCUGGAUGGGCGCUUCUCAUUGGAGAAGGUACCAGAUGAGGAAGCGAGGGACCUGAUUGGCCAGAUGAUCCGUAAAGACCCAAAGCAGAGGCCAAGUGUUGAGGAAUGCCUUCAGCACCCCUACUUCACUGGUGAAAGCAGAGCUCUACAGCCAUCAGACAUGAUAGGGUCCAUCCGAACCCAGUCCAGAAAACAACAUAGUUCAUCAGAACCCAGUCCAGAGAACGACAGGGAGGAGGAAGAGUACCAGAUGACUGCUCUGCCUCGAGGAUUCUGCAUCAUCAUCAACAACCAAACAUUCAAAGAAGACUUCAGAGAUCGCACAGGCUCUCAAGUGGAUGUUGAUGCUCUGAAGGAGGUCUUCAUCUGGCUAGGCUUUGACGUGUGCAUCUAUCAAGACCUGGCGGCGAAGAGCAUGAGGGACACGCUCCAGACCUAUAGGACCAGACGUCACGGCGACUGCUUUGUCUGUUGCGUGCUCAGUCAUGGUGAAGCCGGCACUGUGAUGGGCUCGGACAGCGAUAUGGUGGCCACCAAUGACCUCCUCUCCAUCUUCAGCACAGAGAAUUGCCCGGACCUCGCCGGCAAACCCAAAGUCUUCUUCUUUCAGGGCUGCCAGACAGGCGAAUACAGACAGGGCACGAAUCCUCCCAGCUCGGACUUCCUCUGUUGCAUGCCGACCGUCGCUGGGCACUACUCUUUGAGACAUACACAAACAGGGUCUUUCUUCAUUCAGUCCUUAUGCAGACAGCUGAGAAAACACUGCCCCAGGGGUGAAGAUGUUGUCAAAAUCCUUACCUGUGUCAAGAGAGAAGUUACAGGGAGACCGAGUCUGCCUGCUCGUUGCAGUGGGAAACUCUACACCCAGGUGCCGGAACACAGAGACACUCUCACCAAGACCCUCAUAUUCCAUGUGCCAGAACCAAGAACCAUAGAGAAGAACUAA